AUGUCAGACCCCGCGAAAAAGCGAGGCUGGGAGACUGAGCUGCCUGAGCGUCCGGCAGGUGCAAAGAAGUUGAAAUCAAGCGACAGUCUAGCCUUGAGCCAGGCUGACCCUCUCGGCCACCUCAACAAGGACGUCCUGCAUCUCAUAGGGUCAUACCUCACGCCAAAAGACAUUGUACGCUCUGAGAGGGUCAGCGAGAGAUGGCAAGCCGUGUCUGAAUUCUGGCUAGCGGCGGUGAUCGCUAAGUUCCUCAAGAUCGAGCCCGGCAACCCCCUAUACGCAGAUCAGAAAAAGUAUACCUAUCAGCUGAACGCCAUGGGGCUGGAAAAGAUCACAUACGCAGAUCAAAAACAAAGCAUUUGCCGGCUACAUUCUCUGAGAGGUGGUUAUUCUACUACAGCUGUGAGAUUACAUUAUGAUUCUUUUCUUCAUCCCUUUUCGCAUGUUUGCUGGCGUCGAGACUUCAUGGUGCAGGUUGGACCCACUGCGAGAUUCUUCUACAGGAAUGACGGUCCACAGCCGGAGCAUGUCGGUGACAACCUGUACUGGAGAUGGUACUCAGGCUCUAAGCUUCCAGGGGGGGGAAAGUUCCAAAAAGUGCCGAUGACGCGAUUCUGCACGCCUGAUGAUGCGGGAGUUGGAAUAACCCAUUUAGCAGCGAAUGAUGAUGGAAUCGUGCUGAUAAAGUUAAGACCAGGUAGGAAUGCGGCAUGGGAAAGGACUGUUGUUCAUUCUCUGGUUGAUGAUAAGGUGCUUUGGCAGGAUGACUCCCACCUGCAAACACAAAACAUAAUCCUCGAAGAGGAUGAAGUGACCCACCUACUUGGUCAGGAGAGGCUUUACGCUUUAUCGCUACCGCCGUUCCCGGGCUGGAUCGUGGCUCGUAACUUCCGCACGGGGUUUCUCCUCUACCAGCAUCGGCUUGGACGUGGACCUCUAAGUGACAGCAGAUUGGCCUGUGAAAAGGCGAGACUCUUCCAGGCCACCAACGGCAACGAAAUCAUCAUAGUAUACCCAGCAAAAACAACAUAUGGCCCUUUCAACAUCAUUAACGCAAGCAAUGGUCACCAUGUCAGGAGCCUGUCGUACAAAGGGCUUGAGAGGUUCGAUCAAAUCCGCACCCACCCAGCAAGCAGGCGGAUGGCCAUCGUCGAUACCUGGGACUACGAAUUGAGCCUUUGUGCUCUGAAACGCGAGUAUCCGGUGCCGAGCUCUAACAUGCGCGUUACCAUUCUCCGGUACUUUGCUUACCACCCAGACGCCAAGUACAUGUAG